UGACGCGGUCGUAUCAAGGGAAACAUCUACAUCCUUUCGUAUUCUCAAGUCACAUUUCGCUUCCCUCCACCAAUCUCUGAUCACCUUUUCUGCGCAUCAAUAUGUCUCAAGAAUCCUUCGACGCAGUUAUUGUAGGCGCUGGGUUCGGCGGCAUCUACCAACUGAAACGCCUCCGCGAUGACUUGAAAUUGAAAUGCCUGGUAAUUGACCAAGCCGGUGGACCAGGCGGAACAUGGUUCUGGAAUCUCUAUCCUGGCGCGAUGAGUGACACCGAGAGCUAUGUCUAUCGCUUCUCCUGGGACAAGGAGGACCUUCAGGAGUAUCCUUGGCCAGAGCACUACGUCAAGCAGCCGGAAGUACUUGCGUAUCUGAACCACACUGUCGACAAACAUGACCUGCGGAAGGACAUGCGUUUCAACACGGCCAUGAAAGGUGCAAAGUGGAAUGACUCCACCGGAAGAUGGGAGAUUGAAACGCAAGAGGGUGAUUAUGGCGGAGAGAAGACGAUCAGUGCAAGGUACUUGAUCACCAGUCUGGGUCUACUUUCCAAGCAGAACUAUCCGGACAUUCCGGGUAUUCACGACUUCAGAGGCGAUCUCCAUCAUACUGCAAAGUAUCCGAAGGACUUUCCGCUUGAAGGCAAGAAAGUAGCAGUGAUCGGUUCAGGCUCCACCGGCGUGCAGGUCAUCACAGAGAUCGCCAGGAAGGUCAAAAGCUUGACUUGCUUCCAACGCCACCCACAGUACAGUGUUCCGUCAGGAGAUGCGAAGGUGACGCCAGAAUACCGCAAGUGGGUCAACGAUAACUACGACGACAUCUGGAAGCAAGUCCACAACUCCGUCACUGCAUUUGGUUUCGAGGAGAGUAAGAUCUCAUACCACGACGUAAGCCCCGAGGAGCGCGAACGCACCUUUCAAGAGAAUUGGGACAAAGGCAACGGGUUCCGCUUCAUGUUCGGCACUUUCAACGACAUCACAUUCGACGCAGAAGCGAACGAAGGCGCCUGUGCAUUCAUCCGCAAGAAGAUUGACGAGACCGUCAAGGAUCCAGAGAAGGCGAGGAAGCUUAAGCCAAGGGACGUCUACGCUCGACGCCCACUUUGUGAUGGCAAUGCUUCUAACGGUGAGAAGUACUUCGAGCAAUUCAAUCGGGAUCAUGUCGAUAUUGUGGAUCUGAAGGAGACACCGAUAGAGCGGAUCGAGGCCAAUGGGAUUCGGACUUCGGAUGGCAAGUUCUAUGAGCUUGAUGUUCUGAUCUUGGCGACCGGAUUCGACGCUGUUGAGGGCAACUAUUCGCGCAUGGCAAUCCACGGCCGAGAUAAUGUCUCUUUGAAGGAGAUGUGGGACGAGACUGGCCCGACAAGCGUGCUGGGUGUUUGCAUCCCUGAGUUUCCAAACUUGUUCAUGAUCAACGGACCAAAAGGGCCAUUCACCAACCAGCCUCCAGCCAUUGAAGCCGAAGUCGACUUCGCCACGGAUACAAUCGCACGGUCCGAGAAAGGAUCCACCAAAGUCGUCGAAGCGACCAAAGAAGGCGAGAAGUGGUGGGCGGACUUGUGCGAAGGUCUGGCGGCCAACAGUCUGUUCUGGAAGGCAACGGAGAAUUGGAUUUUCGGAGCCAAUAUUCCAGUAGGGAAGAAGCGUACUCUGAGAUUCUACUUCGGAGGCAUGGGAGGAUACAAUGCGGAGCUGCAGAAGUGCAAAGACCAGGGAUAUCCAGCUUUCAAGCCGUUCGUGUAG